AUGGCGGAGAGGGAUGGUACGGAUACGGAGAGGGAUACGCUAUUCGAUGGUAUUGAAAAAUGGAUUAUAGCGGCCAAAGCAGAGGCUGCCAUUUCCCGCACACUUGAAUAUAACUUUCGUUCAGGUAUUGUCCAAAAUAUGGCGGAAACUUUACACUAUGUGGAAUUCCUAAUAUUUGGUGUUACCUUGUUGAUAUCAAUUUCAAUAGGAAUAUAUUUUGCAAAAUCAGGAGGGAAGCAAAAGACAUUGGAAGAAUACUUGGUGGGAAAUCGAAAGAUUUCGUUCUGUCCUGUAGCGAUUUCUCUGUUAGUGACUUUCCAGUCUGGAAUCAGCCUUCUUGGCUUACCUGUGGAGAUUUACCAGUAUGGGACGCAGAUUUAUUUAGGAAUUAUAGGACUCGUAACAGGGUAUAUACUAGUAGCUGUACUGUUUGUUCCAGUGCUCCAUCCUUUGCAGCUUACAAGUGUCUAUGAGUAUCUCGAACUCCGUUUCCAGUCACGUGCUGUGAGGAUCACCGGAAGUGUGUUAGGCUCACUGUUUACGGUGAUGUACAUGGCCAUCGCCCUAUUUGUACCGUCUCUGGCUUUGGAAGCAGUGACUGACCUAUCUGUGUGGAUUUCCAUACCUUUAGUAGCAUCCGUAGCAGUGCUUUACACCAUGAUGGGUGGAAUGAAAGCAGUGGUGUGGACGGACGUCUUCCAGUUCCUCGUCAUGAUCGCCGGAAUUACCGUCGUUUUGGUAAAGGGUAUUAUAGGGUCGGGAGGACUUCUUCAGGUCUGGCAAACAUGUUCCGAACAAGGAAGAGUUCAGUUUUUAAACCUGGAUCCUGAUCCAACAGCUAGACAGACGUUUUGGGCAGUUACUUUGGGAACUGUGACGUCAUGGAUAGGGCAUGGAAUCAGCCAAUCGGGUGUCCAAAGAAUAAGUUCAACGUCGUCCAUCAGGGAAGCGCGAAAAGCGGUCUUGACCAAUCUGCCCGCCGCGGUAAUCCUGGAAACCCUUAUGGCAUUACUUGGACUGGUCCUAUUCGCCUUCUAUUACAACCAGGCAUGCGAUCCUACACGUGCAGGAUAUAUUCAAAGUUCUAAUCAGCUUGUACCAUAUUUCGUCACGGAGCAAAUGUCUGUCGUUCCGGGAUUUGUUGGUCUUUUUAUGGCCUGCCUUUUUAGUGCUACGUUGAGUACCCUAUCCUCGGGUCUGAGUGCCGUGUCUGCUCUGAUAUGGGAAGACAUGGUUGACCCGACCCUGUCACGGACCAGUGAAGUCAGGGGCACGUUCGUCACAAAGGUCACAGUUGUUUGUACGGGGGUAGCAACAGUUGGUCUGGCCUUUCUAGCCAUGAAUCUUAAAGGCACUAUCACGCAGAUUACCAUUGGUACGUUGUCUGCCACUUCCGGACCAUUACUUGGUGUUUUUCUCCUCGGUAUGAUUCUGCCAUGGGCGAAUGCAAAGAGUGCCAUUGUCGGCGGAUUCCUGUCCUUUUGUUUGUGUGUUACCAUGACAGUUGGUGCCAAUUUUGCUCCAACGCCUUCCCAUAAUUCAAUGUUACCGAAAGUCCCGAUUUCCGGAUGUUACGUUAAUUCUUCUGCUAAUCAUUCUCUUUCUGUGUAUACAAACACCAAUACAGAAGGGUAUAACUACACAGAAAUAUACCAAGCAACGCCUUACUACAAUGUUUCUGCUAGUAUGGAAGAUGGGGAAAGUCCAUACUUCGACAUCACGGGGAUGUGGCUUUUCCGGGUGUCCUUUUUAUGGUAUCAUUUAAUAGGAGUUGUAUCAGCGUUCAUAAUAGGGUUAUUGACCACACUAAUUACAGGAGGGUUCUCUGACAUACCAGCCGAGCCUCGUUUUGUAUUACCUUGUAUACGUCACAUGAAGUGUUUCACUCGGAACUACCACGCCAGUUCUAGUAUAUUACUCAGAAGCUACCAGGGGUCGCCACUGUUGACCAGCCACAUGCAGGGGAGAUCAUCCAUGCGUUCCAGCUUCCGUGAUAAAAAGACAGGAAUGCUUUGACAGAAAAGUCCAUGAUGUCAUUACAGUAGCCGUUCAUUCUGAUAUUUUCCCCCUGUAAAUUUUACAAAAAGACAUUAAAUAAGUUAUUUAAU